UCCAAAUGCGACGGAAAAGAAAGGCACGUGAUGUGAGUGAUAAACAACAACAGUCAGCAUCAGACAACUAGAUAAGAGUGGAGUUUAAACGUGAUUUAAGAGAAUAUGAUUUCAUAACUUUAUUUUGCACUUGGACGAGGCAGAGAGAGUUUGUUACUUGUAGCUUGUGUCCUGAGUUUUCCAGAGUAGAAAAUGAGCAUCAAUGUUAAUGAAACCGCUGACUUAUAUCAUAAAUGUGGCGCCGGGGACACCGAAGGAAACGAAACUACACCUUUAUUAACGAAUGGAUCAGUGCGGACCAGGGCCCAAGGAGCCUCCUUCACCUCCUCUGUGUUUAACCUGAUGAAUGCCAUCAUGGGCAGCGGCAUACUAGGUCUAGCUUAUGCUAUGGCUAAUACUGGAAUUGUUUUUUUUUGUCUCCUGUUAGUACUAGUGUCCAGCCUGGCAGCGUACUCUAUACAUCUCCUUCUGAAGCUAUGUGACCAAACAGGUAUCAAUUCUUAUGAAGACCUUGGAGAGCGAGCCUUGCAAAAGCCAGGAAAAGUUCUGGUGGGAAUUUCUAUUAUUAUCCAAAAUAUUGGUGCUAUGUCAUCCUAUUUGUUCAUCCUGAAGUCGGAGCUUCCUGUAGCCAUCGACAGCUUCUUGAAUCCAGACAGCAUAGGACAUGCCUGGUAUGAAGAUGGCAGGAUGCUUCUGAUGCUGGUCACACUUUUUGUUGUUCUACCUCUGUCAAUGUUAACUAAAAUUGGUUUCCUGGGCUACACUAGUAGCAUUUGCUUUUUCUUUAUGCUGUAUUUUGCGAUUGUGGUUGUGAUCAAGAAAUUUUCCAUCCCCUGCCCACUGCCUUACAAUGUGACUACACUUCCAGGUGCCCUCCAGAUAUCAAAUUCCUCUGACUCAGAAUGUACACCCAAACUCUUUAUCAUGUCCAGUAAGAGUGGCUACGCCAUCCCCACCAUGGCCUUCUCUUUCCUGUGCCACACGGCUAUCCUGCCAAUCUACUGCGAACUAGACAGACCUACUAAGGCCAAGAUGCAGAACAUUACAAAUGUCAGUAUUAGCCUCAGCUUCCUGGUUUACCUAAUUUCUGCGUUGUUUGGCUAUCUCACCUUCUAUGGUAAUGUGGACUCUGAGCUGUUGCUUGGCUACAAUAGGUAUAUGCCUCGGGACAUCAUUGUUAUGGUUGUUCGACUGGCCAUCCUGCUGUCUGUGUUGCUGACUGUGCCCCUUAUUCACUUCCCUGCCCGUAAGGCUGCAACCUUGCUGCUGUUUGGACGACGGCCCUUCUCGUGGCUGAUACACAUCAUUGCAACUCUAACCAUCCUGGGUGUGGUGCUGCUGCUGGCCAUCUUUGUGCCUAAUAUCAGAAAUGUGUUUGGAGUUGUGGGAUCGACAACAUCCACCUGCCUGAUGUUUGUUUUUCCUGGCAUUUUCUACCUCAAGAUCAACAGAGGACCCCUCAGAUCCUUCGACUCCAUCGGCGCUGUCCUUCUGGUGGUCAUUGGUUUCAUUAUGGGAAUCAUCAGUUUCUCUUUUAUCGUGAUCACAUGGGUACAUAACUCCUAACACCUUUUCCAAAUAAAGCACAACAGUAAAGAAAGGGAAAGCGUGCCAAAGAAACUGAAUAGUGGAUAAAAAAGGUUGUUUUAUGGUAAAGUGUUUCCCUCAACACUAGACUAGUACUUUUGAACUUUCUAACUUACAAACAUAGACCAAACUCAGCAAAUGAGCAAGAACAAAACAAGAACUUUUCAUGUUAUGCUUACAGAUUUUUUUUUUUUACUUUUCUUUUUUACACGCUCUUUCAGACUUCACCCAAUUCAAUAGUAAAUCUUUAUUCUUUUAACCAGCCUAAAACAG